GUAUUAUUUCUCUCAAACUCAAACCAGUUUCUAUUUCCCUCACACUCACUUUCCCACUCCGUCCGUCACUCUCCCGAGAAAAUGUCACCGGGAAAAUCCAAUCACAUCCGCCGCAUUGUCAGGAUCCGACAGAUGGUCCAGCGGUGGCGUAAGAAGGCCCGCGUAUCCGCCUCGCGCGCGCCGUCCGAUGUUCCCGCCGGACACGUGGCGGUAUGCGUGGGAGCCAGCUGCAAGAGGUUCAUCGUGCGAGCGACGCACCUGAACCACCCCAUCUUCAAGCGGCUCCUCGUAAAAGCCGAAGAGGAGUACGGGUUCGCGAACCAGGGCCCGCUGGCGAUCCCGUGCGACGAGUCGUUUUUCGAGGAGGUCCUACGAGUCGUUUCGAGCAACUCCGCCCGGUUCUCGACUCUCGAAGAUUUCCAGAGUCGCUGCCACGUGGACAUCCGGAGCCGUCUCGACCUUCUGGGUGAGUCCUGGCCGUUGCUUCACACGACUUCUGAGAAAUCGAUCUGCUGAAUUGGCAGAGUUUCCGAGUCGAGUGGACUGAGUCACUGACCGAUUUUUGAAAAAUCGUUUGGGAUUUUUAGUCCUUGUGUUUGUAUGGAUGAAGAUUGAAGAGGAUUAUUAUCUGAUUACUUAUGUUA